CCUUUCUUAAAUUCCAUUACCUGCCAUUCUAACCAACAUAUUCCUACCUCUCUUUCUCUUCCUUCUCUCCCAUCUUAAAUAGGCCUCAUCUCUGUGUCAUUUCUUAGCAUUUUCCUAGUCAUACACAUAUCACUGUAGCAACAGUGAGAGCUUGAGACAGAGACACUCAUGGCUCUCUCAUGUUCAACCAAAAUGGAGUCUGGAACACCCACCUCCUUCUCAUUCAUUAUCUCGGUGAUUCUGAUUCUGGGUGUAUUAACUCCUACUAGUGAUGCUCGUGGAAGUGAUCUCAAGGGGUUAGAGUGCUUGAAGGUUUCCUCUUCGGAUUUCAGAGACUCUGUGCAAGGAGUCAUUCAGGUUUUACAGCGUGUUACCUCCAUCUUGUCUAGGUUUCCCAAUGGGAGAGAUUUUCGCCUCUCCAAUGCCAUUUUUGACUGCCUUGACUUGCUUGAUUUGUCUUUUGAUGACCUCCAGUUGUCUUCCUCUGCUACUCAGAUUCCCACAGGCCAGCAAAACGGCACAGGAAACCUGAGCUCCGAUCUAAGAACAUGGCUGAGUGCUGCACUUGCAAAUCCACAGACAUGCAUGGAAGGGUUCGAAGGCAUCAAUAGCAUUAUAGAUAACCUGUUAUCAUCUCUUCUAAGCCAAAUGAUCUCAUCGAUCCAGCAUCUCUUAACACAGGUUCACCAUGUUCCUGACGACUUCCAUGCAAGCGAAAUACAGUUUCCUCCAUGGAUCAAACCAAGGGACCAGAAGGUCCUACAAUCAGAUGAGAUUAAUGUGGAUGUUGUAGUAGCAGCAGAUGGAACUGGAACUUUCACCAGUGUGGCAGAUGCAGUGCAAGCAGCUCCUGAUUAUAGCAUGAAACGUUUUGUGAUAUACGUUAAGAGGGGCCUGUACAAAGAGAAUGUGGAGAUCAAGAAGAAGAAAUGGAACAUCAUGAUGAUUGGUGAAGGCAUGGAUGCCACUGUUAUCUCCGGUGAUCGGAAUUUCUACGAUGGGUGGACCACAUACCGCUCGGCUACUUUCGCUGUUAGCGGGAGAGGAUUCAUAGCUCGAGACAUUACUUUCCAGAACACGGCAGGUCCAGAGAAGCACCAAGCAGUGGCACUGAGAUCAAACUCUGACCUAUCUGUCUUCUACCGCUGCGGCAUCUAUGGCUACCAAGACAGCCUCUACACACACACAAUGCGUCAAUUCUACAGAGAAUGUCGAAUAAAAGGUUCUGUGGAUUUCAUCUUCGGAGAUGCCGCAGCAGUGUUCCAAAAGUGCCAGAUUCAGGCCAAAAGAGGGCUUCCAGGUCAGAAAAACGCCAUCACAGCCCAAGGAAGAAAAGAUCCACACGAACCAACAGGGUUCUCCUUCCAAUUCUGCAACAUUUCUGCAGAUUCCGACCUUCUUCCUUUCGUCGGAUCCAUCGAAACAUACCUUGGGAGGCCCUGGAGGGCAUACUCUCGAACAGUUUACAUGCAAACCUACAUGAGCAACGCGGUGGCGCCACGAGGCUGGCUCGAGUGGAACGGCGAUGAAUCUUCGUUGUACUACGCAGAGUACAUGAACGGUGGUCCAGGAGCUGCCCUGGAGAACCGAGUCAAAUGGGCAGGGUUCCAUGUGUUGAAGGACGCGAGGGAGGCUUAUCACUUCACAGUGGCUGAUUUUAUUCAAGGUAAUCUAUGGCUGCCUCACACAGGUGUGAUGUACACAGCUGGUUUAAGUGCUUAAUGAAGAGAGAGACUCUUUUGGGCUCGUCUUGUUUCUAUUUGUUCUUGUACUUGCUAAUUACUCGUCUAGUAUGUUUUAGUGGCUAUGUAUAGAAAAAGAGGAGUAAGAAAGAAGAAAAGAUGCUAUGAAAGAAUUGCGAGAGUAUGUAGAAUUGUUGACGAUGGGUUUGGUUUGUGUUAUUCGAUUAUUGUUG